ACUAACUGACAAUAUGUUGUACAUGUAUACAUAUUUCGGGUGAUUUUACUGCACAACCAUUUGUGUUGAUCAUGGCUUACAAAUAUGGACAUUUUAAACGUGUUCUACGAAUUUCAAUAUGAAGUGAUAUGUUAACGUAGACAUCUCAAGAAAUCAGAGUUAUCCCGAUUCCAAGCUGACCACACCUCCAAUAGCCCAUAUUAACUGUCACCGAAGCUAUCGAAAAUGGAGAUAGCAGGUCAACAAGAUUCAGAUGCUGAAGUACCCGGUAGAUGCAAAGACUCUGAUGAAGUAUUAACAUUAUUUUGCCAGCCCUGUAACGAUGAAGGGGAAAUACACAAAGCGGGCGGUUUCUGUCUCCAGUGUCACCAAUUCUUAUGCAAAACAUGCGUAAGGUGUCACAGACGAAACAAAAUGACAAAAGCCCAUGAGAUCCUUGACGAGCACAAUAUGCCUUCAUCGAUGGAAAUGGCCACUGAACCUGACACUGAGUGUUAUGAAUUUUGCGAGGACCAUCCAACAGAACGUAUUAAGUAUUACUGUGCAUUGCACAAUGAAUUCGGAUGCGGUGACUGCAUGAUACCAUACCAUAGUAAUUGCAAACCGAGGCAUAUUGCGGAAGUUUCAAAUGACUUUCUCAAUGGACAAGAAUAUACAGAUUUAAAACAGGAAAUAAACAAUAUGGACUCUCAUUGUUCGAACAUGGGUGAGCUCAUGACGAAAAGCGUUCAUACUAAUGAAAACGACAUUUUGGAGGCCAUGAAAAAAUUGCAAAUGUUUAAAGCUGAAACAAUUUCACACUUUGAGGCAGAAGAACAAAGGUUGACAUCUGAACUUGAAUCGUUGAAAACCGAGUCUAGAUCAGCAAUACAAGUAACAUCAAAACAGAUACAUGACGUCAAGAGGCUUUUAUUAGAUAUGAUUGAUAAAUUAGAUUCUGAUAAGCAUAGCCCAUAUCAGAUUUUCAAAGCUUCGAAGCAAAUGCAAGGAGAAAUUUCAAAUGCAAAAUCGAUUAAAGACAACAUUGCCAAAGUGGUUAAACAAUGCCAAAAGAGAAUUGCAUUUCAUCCAAAUUCCAUUCUUGAUGAUUUUACAUCCAGCAAGCAGCCCCUAGGAGAAGUGGUACAAACCAAUUUAGGCGUAGCUUUGGAAGGAUGCACUUAUGUAAAAUCUAACUACAUUAACAUUCGUUCUUCCAAAGACUCAAAGACAUGUAGAAUAACCGGAUGUGUACAAAUUUCGGACGACAAAGCGUUGGUAGUUGACGGAUAUAACGAAGCAUUAAAACUCGUGGAUAUUUUACAGCGAAGAAUUAUUUCUGAUGUACAGGUUAACAGUACUGCGUGGGGUAUUGCUGCAUUGCCAAACAAAGAGGUCGCGGUUACCUGUGAUAAAACGAUAGAUAUUGUGUCUUAUAAGCAGGAUAGACUUGCGACCAUCCGUAGCAUACAUGUAUCAGCAAAAGGCAGAUGCAUGGGCAUUGACUAUCGGAACAAACAAUUGGUCGUUUCCUAUAUUUACCCACCAGGAUUAGAAAUCAUGGACAUGACCGGGAAUGUUAUACGUCACAUGUUGGAUACCGACAUUAGAGCCAUUUCCGUCCGGAUUCCUCAGUAUGUUAUCUUUAGCAAACGAUUGGAAGGCAUAAUUCUUUCAGACCAUCGUGGAAAUACAGUCACAGCUCUAGAUCUCCACUUUAAACCAUUGUGGACAUAUUCAGACAUCGAUUUAAAAGGGCCGGAAAGUCUUCUGAUAACACCAGAUGGAAAUGUCCUUGUUUGUUGUCACUACAGCGAUAACAUUCAUCUCAUUUCCAACAAAGGCAAGAAAAAUAAAGUUAUUUUAAGGAAGGAAGAUGGAAUUAACAAGCCGUAUGCAGCUGCUGUAAAUGGACGUACCUUGUUGGUGACAGGGUAUGGAAACGAGUUAAUGUUAUACAAGAUCACAAAUUAAGAUCAAUUGAAACCGUGUUAUGUAUUAACGUACAGAGACAGGUCCAAAGAUAGCAGCAUACAAUUGCGUUAUCAAUGUCAUAGUACAAACAACCUGCCGUAGAAGUCAAGGGAAAAUCAGCAGAGUUUAAGUUUUGAUAACAAGUGUCUUUUGCAGAAAAACGCCAUCCACCAUCAGAUCACUUAGAUGUUCUUCGAGAAAUAAUGAACUGUGAGUCAAUGCUAGGUAUUUCAUACCGAAAAUGUGCUUGUUGAAAUACAUGUGUCUCAUUUGUUAACUGCAGAAAUGAAGUUUACUUUCUAAAGUGAAAUUGCAUUAAAAUUGAUUCCUUCAAUUUAAUUGAAGAGAGAGUUGUAUUAUAUAGACUACUCAAACACUACAAUAGACAAAUAGUUAAAUCUCAUUACUUUCCUUUAAUCAUAAACUUUUUUGCAUGUAUUGUUUGUUAUAAACUGAUGUUGUAAACUUUUAUAGCACUUGUUAUCGGACUUUACGCAGUAAACAUGUAACCAAAACCUUGUGUUUCCGUACGUCUCAUGCGCAUCUCAAGGAAUACAACGCAUAUUAAACAUGUAAAUUGAAGCCUAGUGCAAGAUUGAUUAUUGAACGUGAUUUUCGAUUUCGAUCUAUAUGAGUUUCAUAGAACGAUAACGUGUUUUAACAGAACACGUUUUGUAUCUUAUUGUCAUUUUCUCAUAACCUUACUUGUACAUUGUAGAUGGAACUUUCGAAAUAUACUGUUAUAUAUGACAUGUACUGUAUGAUGUAGUUUGAACGCAUAUAUAAAUAUAAAAACAUACAA